UAGGUGAAAAAUGAAAACGAAACGUUCGAUUGGGGCAUGGUAGUGAAUUUUAAGAAGAAAAAUCCGAAAAAUCCAGUAAAGGACAAGACUGUUAUUGUCAUUGACGUUUUACUUCACUUAUCGAAAGAUUCUAAAGAAGGCAAUCCAAUUCCAUGUCGCGAUGGUGAAGAAGGCGAAAUGGAAGUAGUUCCUGUUUUGCAUAAUUUAAUUUCGCAAAUCAGUUCAAUCAGAGUACAUUAUCAAAAGGAUCUUAGGCCGCCUGAUAAUAGGAAGAGCGUACUGAAAUCGAUACGAGAAGUGAAAAAGAGAUACUCGGGAGAUUUACCGUUACUCAACCCUAUUACAGACAUGCAUAUACAGGAUCAGGCUUUUAAAGAUAUUGUCAAAAAAAUUGAAGUGUUAGAGAAAAGAUUAUAUGCACAUUCUUUGCAUAAGGAUCCCAAUGUAAACGUAUUAUACGAACAAUUUUUGCACAAGGAAGAAUUGGCUACGCAACUUAAGCAAGCCAAGGAAGAGUUUAAGCAGGCUAAGUCGAUACUUCAAAUGGACGAACUGAAAUGUAGAAAGCGAGUUUUAAGGAGAAUGGCGUAUUGCACAUCGGCGGACGUUAUAGAAUUGAAAGGACGUGUAGCUUGCGAGCUGAACGGUGCCGAUGAGCUUUUAAUGACUGAGAUGAUUUUUAAUGGUCUUUUUAAUUCUUUGAGCGUGCCACAAAUGGUAGCGUUAAUCAGUUGUUUUGUAUGUGACGAAAAGUCAAACGAAAUGCCUAAAAGUACAGAGGAAUUAAGUGGUCCGCUUAGGCAGAUGCAGGACUUGGCUCGACGAAUAGCAAAGGUAUCGACAGAGGCCAAUCUGGAAUUAGACGAGGAUGCAUAUGUCGAUAGAUUCAAACCGUAUUUAAUGGACGUUAUAUACGCUUGGUGUAAAGGCGCAACAUUCUUACAAAUUUGCAAAAUGACAGAUAUAUUUGAAGGAUCUAUUAUCAGGUGUAUGCGACGUUUAGAGGAGGUACUUCGACAAUUAUGUCAAGCUGCAAAAGGUAUCGGAAAUACAGAUCUAGAAAAUAAAUUUAGCGAGGCGAUCAAACUUAUAAAACGGGAUAUCGUAUUUGCUGCGUCCUUAUAUUUAUAAUGCAGGAAAAAAGAAUAAAACUAUUUUCAUAGAGUAACAAGUUUGUUUUCGUUUUAUAUAUAUAGAUAUAUGUAUAUAUCUAGAUUUGUAUGUUCUUAUUAAAUUAUACACCCCUAUAUGAAUUCCAUUAUAUUGCCCGUUAUUUACAUAGCCCAUUUGCAAUACGUACAUAAUAAACAAAGGCAGUUUUUUAUUCGAAAUCGAAUUCGUUCGAAAUACAAUUUAUUCCUGGAAAUUUAAAUUAUAUAAUAUACGUAUAUAGAAACUUUUUUUUU